AUACAUUCAAAUUUGGAUGAUGGUUAGUGAUAAUCUACAUCUAGCUGAGCUUGAAGUGUGGGGCACUCGAGACAAUGUCGCCAACGAACUGGUCAACCUUGCUGUGUUCAAGUCGGCAGACCAAAGCAGUACACGAGACGACACUUAUCUUCAGUUAGGAGCCGCUAAAGCCAUCGACGGUUUCCUAGAAGGACACUUGGACUUCGGAUCUGUCACGCACACCGACGAAGAUGAAUCUCCGUGGUGGAAGGUCGAUCUCGGCGCCAUGUACGAAAUCAACAGCGUUGUAUUAUGGAACCGCAUCGAGCACGAAGACAGACUGAAGUCACAAAACAUCGAGAUCAGUUUAUAUGACGACGAAGACCGUGAAGUGACAUUCAACAACAAAACCGAUUACAGAGUUACUGCACGGACCGUCGGAGCCAGAAUAUUUCAAGUGAACUUUACCAAACCACAAUGGGCUCAAUACGUCAAGGUCUCUCAGAAUAUCAAACAAUUUUUGAGUCUCGCCGAAGUGCAAGUGAUCGGUAGCGGUCCGACACUCGUUAACGUCGCCAUCCAAAAGCCCGCCACACAGAGCUCGACUCGCUACAGCGCCGACGCGUCGCGCGGUAACGACAACAAUAUCUACAACAGACUGGACGGACAUAGUGUGACACACACAGACAAAGACAUCAAAUCGCAUUGGAAAGUCGAUCUGCUGGUGCCGACGACCGUUCAUAAGGUUUAUCUCUGGAAUCGAGGUGACUGUUGUCAAGAUCGCUUGAGGCUCUUUACCGUCAUGUUCUUGGGUGUCGACGGUAAACAGGUACGCGACAACAUCGAAGAGAAUUCCAAUCACAAUCAAUUGACCUUCUUUUACGACAUCGACCCGCCGGCUAAAGGUGUGCGUUACGUGCAGAUCGAACAAGUCAACAGACAAUAUCUCUCUUUGACCGAAGUUCAAGUCAUUUCCGACGCUAAACCUGCUUUGGAAGUGAGACUUGCCGGUCAGACGGCGACGAGCAAGGGAGACGGAGCUAUCAGCGAGUGCGUGAUCGCAGCCGACGGCAACUACUCGGCGUACAGUUGUCAGAACGCCAACGUUUCGACCGUCGCCUUUCCCGUCUCCGAAAUCGCAAAGAAAGAUCAAUUCGACAGUCCGAUCGAGGAGACGCCGCUGAAAACGUACGACGUCGUUCUCGACAACAAACAAGGAACAGAAGAGCAAACGCUCGUUAAGACGUACACCGUCGCCAAAUCUGCAGCGAGCACUUGGAACGUGGAAGCUGGAGUGUCGGUCAGUGUACAGUACAGCAACACGGCGACGGUCAAAGUCGGCACGGUGUUCGAGCACUCGGUAAGCUUUGGUCUUACUUUAGGUUUUUCGUUUACAUUUGGAUACAGCAAGACGAGCACCGAGUCGGAAACCGAUUCUUUACAAAUCCGACUCGAGGCACCGGCCGGAGGGAACGCAUCCGCAACGUUUGUACAACAGUUGGUCCCGAGACGAGUGAGAUGGAAGGCGACGUUUGCGACGCGAGGCCACGUCGGCGUCAUGUUUCAAGAGGAGACCGUCAACGGCGUCGAUUUAGCGCGCGUACUGACAGAAGAACAGCGCAGCAUUUACGGAUUUGGCGUCAUCGACUAUGGGGAGCGUCCGGUCGUCAUAGCACGCGUUAGUUCGUAUAGACCGGCGGAAGGAAGAGAAGAUGAACACACAAUCAGACAGCCAGGGGAGAUGAGAGGCCCAAACUCUGUCGACAGUAAAACCUCCGACAAGAAAGACGAUGACUUGAAAAACGAUUAGUAAGUUCGUCGUAAAGUGCGUGAUGUGAAAGACGGAUGGACAAAAGUAUCUAGCAAUUAUACAGAUUGGUGGGUAGAUGAACGUUUGUUUGUGAUGAGUUCGUCGAUAAUUAGAAUUCUAGAAAGUCG